UAAAACAGUUUGAGCCGUUGUGUUUAGUAUCGGAAGUAGUGUCGCAAAAUCUGCUAUCAUCUGAUUUUAUACCAAUUUUACCCUCCGUUAGUUUAUCCAGACUACUUCAAGAUAUACUCGGUGAUUUAAGCACCGUGAGAUUUAUCAGCAGAAGGCAACGAGGAACGAAAAGAGUACGUAUUUGUCUGAAGCCCGUAACCGCUUCUGCCAUUUGACCUAGCUAACGUGAGCUAGCAUUAGUAGCACAGACCUGGGCCCAGGUCAGUGACUCUCCUGGAUAACAGGGAAUUUUAGGUUUUCAAUUUUAGAUCUGUAGACACAGCUCAGCGUGAUGGCUUGUGGGGCUACCCUGAAAAGGACUCUGGACUUUGAUCCGUUAAUGAACCCGGCUUCGCCUAAAAGAAGGAGGUGCGCCCCGAUCAUGUCUCCAGUCUCUUCACCACAGAAAUAUUUGCGUAUGGAGCCCUCACCGUUCGGGGAAGUGUCCUCCAGACUCACUACAGAGCAAAUUCUACACAACAUCAAACAGGAGUACAAGCGGCUGCAGAAACGACGACACCUGGACAGUGCUUUCCAGCAGGCAGAUGGCUGCUGUCCUCUAGAGCUGCAGAACAUUCAAAGUGGACCUGUGCUACCAGGUACGUCCUCAGGUGCCUCAUCCCCCACCAGGAAAGAGCAGCCUUUAUUCUCCCUCAGACAGGUUGGGAUGAUUUGUGAAAGACUACUGAAAGAGCGAGAGGACAAAAUCCGUGAGGAGUACGACGAGAUACUGACUACAAAGCUUGCAGAGCAAUAUGAUGCAUUCGUCAAGUUCACGCAUGAUCAACUGAUGCGAAGGUUUGGAGAGCAGCCUGCUAGCUAUGUUUCCUGAGUGUCAGCGUGUGAUAUCCAGGAAUACCAUUUGCUGCAAACUACUCCAGGGACUCAGUGGGUCUAGUGGGACUUUUCUCCUAGCUGUGCCAUAUCGCCUCUAUGUGGACUCACUGCCUCAGGCAUCAGUUAGUGGCAUCCACGUUUGCUGUGUCUGCCAGAGUUAGGAGGGCUUCCUGCUGCCAACCUGUUCAAGGACUCUCUGACUCUACCAGUGGCCUCUUAACUGCCGUGUCAAUAUUUAUUUGGCUUUGUUUCUGAUGCCUUCGUUAAAAGGCCGAGUGCCACCACACACUUGGCCUUUUAAUUUUAUUUUUGUCAAAUGUAGUUUUUUUUCCACAGAAGGAUGUUAGUUGUGCAGCUUCUCUAUAUGUACAUUUUGAAAAAGGGAUUGAACAUUGACGAGUGGACAGACCAAGGCCGCCUUCAGUCUGGAUUCCAGGGACAGGCAUCUUGGCUUUUUUCAGCAUUGUUUUAAACUGUACUGCAGUUACUGCGAUUGCAUUUGUAUACACUGUAUUUUUUUUUAUUUUUUUGCUUGACUUUUGUUCAUUGUAUCAAAAUUUCAUGAUUUUAUUUGCUCUAGGUAUAAAGGUGCUUUGAUUCAAGAAAAGCGAACAAAUAAAGUGUUUACACAUG